GUGGUGUUGGGAGGUGUCAGACCUCACCCUGUCCUCGUGCCUCUGCCAGCUGUGUCCUCGCGCUCAUCAUCCAUCAGUCCGACAGAGCAGCCAAGAGUCUAAUCAUCAUCAUCAUCAUCAUCAUCAUCAUCAUCAUCAUCAUCAUCAUCAUCCCUCCAGAUGAACGGGGAACAGCCUCCUCCGUACCGUCCUCAUUUCCCAGAGGGACACUCGGCCCCCGGUUACCCUCCAGCUCUCAUCUCUCAGCCUGCAGCCUUCCCCGGCUCGUCGUACCAGACCUUCCCUCAGACCUACGCAGGUGGAGAUCACUCCUACUACCACGGGCCCCCUGGGACACCGGGGCCCAUGGGUCCCCCGGGGGCUUUCAUGACUCAGCCUGGAUACCCGGGGUACCACGGCGGGCCCACAGGGGCCCCCUGCCACUGGGACGGUCCGAGGCCGUACGGAGAGCAGCCAAAACAGACAGUGUUCGUGGUGGAGCAGCAGGAUCAGGGCGGAAAUGACGACUCGUGUCUUGCCGCCUGUUCGGCUGCUCUGUGCUGCUGCUGUCUCUGGGACAUGAUGUCUCACUGCUCCUCUGUCCCCGACCUCGACCUCCACUGAGUCUCCCAGCAUGCCGCGGGGCCGCCGUGACGACACCGGUCACUACGCAGAAACAGAUUCUGAGAAAAAAACUAAUCAGGCAAAAUGUUUUCAUCUGGGAUCAAAGCCUGUUUUAUAAUGUGGAGGUUCAGGUCCUGACUGGACUAGAGCAGGGGGACGUUCAACAUGGACGGACCAUGAGACGACAGCCCCCCCCCCAGAGAGGAGCAAGACCCCCAGACCUCCAGAAGACGUGUGUGUGUGGUUGUUUUGUCUUAAACUUUCCAACAAUAAAUGUUAGCUAAUAUGCCCCCAGAGGGGCCGCUCAGUGCCCCCCCCCCCCCCCCACUGUCACUGCUUCAUGUUUGUAUGUACACGUGUGUGAUGUCAUGGUUCUGUCACCGUUGUGAUGAUGAGCUCAAUAAAAAACUUGAUUUCCCCGAUGAAGGUGAAUCUGCUGCUUUAAGAACAAACACAUUAAAACAUGGCCGACAUCUCCA